AUGAAAAAAGCAAAGAAAAACGUUCCACCCCGCGGUUCCAACCCAAAUCUUCUUCCUCCUCAAAAGGUUACAAUCAAAAGACCAACUUCAUCGGCUUCUCCACUUCAAUCGUCAACCAAAAAACAAAAACAACAAGAUAAUAAAUUUCUUUCUAAAUCAGAAUCCGAAUCAAUGUCGUCCAUUUCAGAAGCAACCUUAACAGACCAAAUAUUAAGUCAACCUGAUUUAGACUCGCCUUCACUCUCCGUUUUUAAACCUACAUCAGGAUCACUGCCAACUACCAUCCGUUCUUCCUCUCCGGAAAAACCAAACUCUAGUCACUCAUUAUCAGACUCUCUUACUUCUACUUCCGACGAUCUAGAAACAAAAUCCUCACCAUCAAGCACACCUGCAACUGCGGCCCCACCGCGCCAACGUGUUCCUCCAAUAAUCAUGAAAUCCACUGACUACCGGCAAAUUUCACCAAAAACUAUUCGCGAUCGAUAG